CUCCAUCUCCUCAUUCUAUUACUCAUCAAAAGCUUUAUAGUUACUGUGAAAACUUUUUAAAAAAAAUAACUUUUAAAUACCAAAGAACUGUUCUUUUUUUUUUAAUAAUUUAAAUUUUAUUACAUUUAAAUUAAUAUUUAAUAAUAAUGUUAGAAGAUGAGAUAAAAUAGAAAAAAUGUUUUACCAUUUUAUUAGUGAAAUCUUAAUAAACAGUUGUAAAAAAUGUGGAUAUUAAUAACAGUGCUUCUUACGUUGCAUUUAUAUUUUGCGAUUUGUUUAUUACCAAGCAUAAAAGAAGAUACUGAUUGUUGUGAGCAGGUUGAUAAUCGAGAAUGUUUGGAAACUUGCCGCAGAGUUCUUCGUUCAACAAAAACGGAAAAAGAAAUUUUAGACGCUUUAGAAAUAAAAUGUGGUCCUGUAAAACCUCAUUCACCAAUGUGGAGUUGUCUAUUGAAAUUGGUACCUUCUAAAUUAAAUCGACUUCCAUUGGAUGGAGGUAAACUUUCAUGUUGUGCAAAAGCAAAAAGUGCUGCUUGUGAAAAUUUAUGUCGAAGAACAUAUUAUACUGAUUGGCAAUUAUCAUGGACACAAUUUGAAAAUGAAUGUCUAGCAUCUAAAGAAGAAAAUGAAUUGAAAAUUUGCAUUGAAGAUGCAGCAAAUACAUGCAAAUUUGGUUGUACAGGCCUUUCAUUUUGCUCAAUUUUCAACAAUAAUAUUUAUACAACAUUCAGAUCGUGUUCAAUUGCUGCAGAUGAAGCAGCAAGACGAGAAUAUGACAACUGGAUUAAAAGUGAAGUGGUUCAUAAUUUGAAAGUAUCACUUAGAACAACUUCAAUGUGUUCAAAAGAAAAAUUGCAUAUUCUUGCUUGUAUUUUACAUUUACAACCUUGUGACUUCAGUACACAUGAGACUAGUCUUUGCUAUAAUGAUUGUUUAGAAAUUAUUACAACAUGUGUAGAUUGGACAACAACAUCAAAAUUUGAAUCAGCUGAAUCUUUAUGUUCAAAAUUUUUGCCAUUGACAACAAAUUCUUGUAUUUCAAUGAAAUAUUUUUUAAAAGAUUAUCAUCAUUUGAAUAAUCAGACAAUAAUUGAUAUUCAUGAACCAUGUAAAAAUAAUACUUGCGCAAGUAAUCAAAUAUGUUUAUCAUCUUGGAAUAAAACGGAAAUUAUUAAUUGUCAACCCGCUUGCACUUUAGGUGAAAUGUCUAAACAACUUGUCACUCUUGGCUCAUGGAUUCAAAUUCCUCGCUUUGAAAGACAAGGAUGUUAUAAAAUAUGCCAAUGCACAUUAAAUGGAAUUGAAAAAUGUAAAAUUUUAAAUUGUUUUACAUUUAAAUCAUGCUGGGUGCAAGAUCGUUUUAUUUCUCAUAAUACUGCAUUUUUUUUAGAAUGCAAUAAAUGCCGUUGCUUUAUGGGUGAACUUCAAUGUUUUAGAAAAAAUUGUGUUGACAAUCGUACACCUGCAUUACCUUGUGAUUGUCCAACACAUUAUAUUCCAACUUGUAGUCGAUUGGGUAUCACUUAUGCAUCAUCGUGUUUAGCCAAAUGUGCUGGAUUUAUGAGCGAUGAAAUUGAAUUUGGCAGUUGUUCAUCUAAAGAUCAUUGCAUGUCAAAUCCAUGUAAUUCCAAUGAGAAAUGUAUUAGAAAAAGUCGUAUAUGCUUGUCAUCAAUUUAUAAACCUUGUCGACAAUAUGAAUGCGUUUCAAUGAAUUGUAAUGAAAAUAAUGAAACAUUGGAGAUUGUUUGCGAUAAAAAUAAUCAUCAACACAAAUCACUUUGCAGUAUGAUAAAAGCUGGAAAAUCAUUAGGUUAUAGAGGAGUGUGUUUAAAAAAUUGUAAACUUGAUAAAUCAGUGUGCGGAAUUAAUGGCGAAACUUAUUCCAAUGAAUGUGCAGCAUUAGCCGACAAAACUAUUGUUGAUUAUUUGGGACCAUGUGUUACGGUUGGAUUAAUUAAUGAUAAAGCAAAACCUCGUUGCACAAAUGUUGUUUCAUGUCCGGAAUUGAUUAGUCCACAUUGUAUUGGAGUUACUCCUCCAGGUGCAUGCUGUCCAAUUUGUGGAGGUGCCGCAAGAAUUUAUUACUCAAGAAAACAGUUAGACAGAAUAUUAUACAUGAUGGACAACGAGAAGGAUAAGGAUACAAUCACCUUGACGGCACUAUUGAAUGCCUUAGAAAGGCAUAUUUCAGUUAAAGAAUGCUCUCUUAAAGGAAUGGUGACGCUAGAUGGAGAUAUUGUUAUAGUAAUUAUACCAAUUAAUAUAACACCAUCCAGUGUUCAAUUACGUAUGUGCAUAUUGGAAACUGAAAGAUUAACAACAUUAAUACAUCAAAAGAGUCCUUCAAUUAUGAUGGAAGUACCAUUAAGUGCCCUAACUGGAGCAGAAGUUAUUCAUACACAAGUUUCGAAUAUUACUUCCAUUAAAGAAUUAAACAUAUACAUUCUUUUGGUUUUUAUAAUAAUAAAUAUAUUCCUUAAGUACAAAUUAGAUUUAUAAAAUAAGUCUUUAUUUUAAGUUUCUUUGCCAAAUAUUAAAUUAAAAUAGUUAUUUUUCAUUUAAUACUCAUUACUUUUAUUUGUAUAUAUACAAUUUUUUGUACGAAUCAAAAAAAAAAAAUAUUUUUAAUUUACGAAUUUUAUCUUGAACCUUUGGAAAAGACUAUAAAAUUUUACUGUGCCAUUUAUUUAUAUAUUAUUAGUUUAAUUGUUAACUCAUUAUCAAUUAUGGUGUUUCAUUAUAUAGUGUGUCAUUAAUAUACAUUGAAAAUUGAAUUAAUUCUUUUAGAAACUGAACUAUAUUGAGUUGUUUGCUGUUAAUAUGUUACCUAUAUAUAGUCAUGAUUUUCA